AUCAAAACCUGCUGAUCUGUUUUUCAGCAGAAGCUAUAGCCAGUUUUAAAUUCCAAGAAUAUAAAAUAUAAUUUGCACCAUUUUUUCAUUUCAAUGAACUUGAGUCUCAUUGGGAAAAAAAAGUUGUGUGAAUUGGUUCCUGUUUUCCAUGAAUGGUUGAUCCCUUUUAGCAAUUAUUUAGAAAAAAUAAAAAGAAGAAAACGAAUUUCAACAUUUUUUAGGAAGUUGAAGUUCAUAAAAAAGUGUUUGUUUUUUUUUUCAGGCAGCUGUAAACAAGUGAGGGGACUUUUUGUAGGAAAGUGAAAGUGGGAAACAGAAAUGAUGCCCCCCUCCCCCCCAGCAGCCUGUCAUGUUCUCUUAUUAAGGAAUUAAGCAACUUCACUUCCCACUAAAAAACAGAAUGAGAUCGUAUCACAUCCUCUAGUCUAUCUUCUGAUCACCAACAGAUUCUCUGACCAGACCGUCCCUCUGGUGACACCUCCCCUGUUAAUAAGAACGCCUCCCGAAUAAAAGCACAGCGUCCCUUUAAAAAAAAAAAUGCAUGUGACAGCUAUUGUAAUUAGAGAACGAUGCAUUUUGAAAUAUCUUUAUGACUAUGGCUCGGUUUGCCGAAGUUCUGGAUACAGUCCGGUCGUUUCUGACCUGGGCACCACCUGCGGAUGUCCACGCUCUGCUGGACGGUUUGGUGACAGAGCAGGUCAUCUCGGAGGGGUACAGGCACAACCUGAAGCUGUGGCGACUUGAUAAACCAGGAGACCAGGAGACGAACGACGCGCUGGGCCGGAGCGGAAAAUGGUUGAGAUCUUCUGUUGGUCACCUUUCGUUGUCUGAAGAUUUGGAGACCAGUUUAGGGUCCACGAUGCUCCUGCACAACUGCAAUCCCAAACUGAUGCAGGAACUGAUGGAGGAGAAGGACACACUUCUAAGCUUCUUGCCCACCUACCAACACAAUCUCAGAUUCAGUGAUGAAACACAAGAACUGCUGAUUGGUGAAGAAUACAUGCAGAAGCUUGGAAAUGAUAGUGAAAGACUCGAGACAGGGAAUUCGGAGAAUGGUGAGGAGUGGUUAGAAGAAGCUGCAAGGAGGAUAGCUGUACCUCUGUGGCAGAACUGGCACAAAGGAAGGGAUAUGUUGCUGUCUUUGGUUCCCUGUACGGCUGCUUGUGCAACAGGUGACAGCAUGGUGUCCGACCGAGCGGGACAACACUCGUUCCUGGACAUGGAGGAGGAAACAGAGUGGGAAGCUGCCAAAUUUAACUGUACCUCGUUGGGAUUCAUAGAUCCAUGCUUGAGCGACACACUUGAUCUGCACUUUGGAGACUUUUACUCGUCUGCAGCUGACAGUUCAGCAGGGCUGAACAUCGAUACCUGCGAGCUGGAGGAAGAAGCAGGAACUGACUCACCUGUUGAAGCCUGUCGAGCGGCUGAAACAAAUGAUAUCACUGACAACCCUUGGGUCUUGAGUUUGGCUGACAGGACAACAGAAGGGAUCGAUGAGCAGCUCAGUUUGAUGGAUGCAAAACAUAGAAGAAACUAUCCACUCCUGGAAAGCAUCAGUGGAGAUUUGCUUCACUUACUGACGGACUUUGAAAACACCACCAAAGAAAACUCGUACUCAGAUCCCAUCAACAAAGAGAGCCUUAGUUGUUGCUGGAAUGAAUCCAAUGCACCACCACCAUGCCGCACUGACAGAGCACCCCCUGAGAGCGUAAAGUCAUACCACGAGGCCAAGAUGCAGGAAGGAGAUCAGGAUACGUUUAUCCAUUCAGACAUUCUUCCUGAUGAUUUGUCUGAAUUCCUGGAUGACAACUUUUUGGUGUCCCUCCUGGAUCCAAAUGCACUUGAUAAUGUUUUCAGCUCAAUCAACAUGGAUGACAUCAGUCCGCAAACAGAGACCCCCAGCUCGUUAGACCUCAUCGAGCCGAAGAAACCGCCAGGAAAUUCAAAAAAGAGAAAAAGACAGAGACGUGAAGAAAGAACUUGCACCAAUAAGAAACACACUACAAAAAAAGCCAGAGCAACAGGUCAACCACAACCCAAAGAGCCACACACAGAGACGCCGUUCCUCCUGAGCAGUGAUGCAGAAUCUGGGCAGAAUCCGGGAAGCGGCAGGACAGACCUCCUCGACACUCCGCCAAAAAUCCUUCGCUUUUACCCGCCGCCGGCUGCCGCUCCAAUUCCCAUUCAGUUCAUCGCUAUUCCUGAGAACUCAGGGUAUCAACUGGUCCAGCUGCCUCCACCCAACUCUUCUGUCAUCAGACUUCCACUGCCAAACACUCCCACUACACCAACGUACAUUCUAGUUCAUGCUGACUCGCCUCCCUGCAAUCGCCAAAUACCCCCUUUGUCUCCUGUGGGUGGCGCUGUAGCCCCGAUUCUGAUGAGUUCAUCCCCACCGGGUUCUCUAUCAGACACAGCCAGCAAGGCUGUUUCCUCCUCCUGUGUGUCCCUUCGUUCUCCUAGUUGUGAUCAGCCCCCAGUGAAGGAACCACCUCAAUCUCCCAGCAUUCUGGACAUUUGCCAGAGAGUAAAGGACUACAUUCAGGCAGCCAAAUCCCACAUGUACCAACUGUGCCUGGAAAUGGAGGAAGGCCUGAGCAUUAUGUCUCAUUACGUAGACCCACAUGUUACCCAAAGAGAGAUUUAUCGCUUAGGAAAAAGCACCAACAAAUGUUCAGACAAGGAGUUUUCCAUCACUGGACGUACACACAGACUGAAAAACUCCCUGCAGCUGAAUCAGAUCUUUGAAAGCUCUAACGAAGGGAAAUCUAGACGUUGCAUUUUGCUGCUCGGAAACGCAGGAAUGGGAAAGACCACUUUGAUCAAGAAGUUGUGUCUUGACUGGUCCAGGGACUCUUUUCCUCAGUUUGACUUUGUUUUCCUACUUGAUGGGAAAGGACUCACGUUAACGGAGCCGGUGCACAGUCUUCAGACCCUACUUUUGGAUCUUUCUUCCAUUGCUCCUUGUUGUGUUGAUCCAGAUGAAGUAUACGCUCAAGUUCUCGCAGCCCCGAAACGCGUCCUCCUCAUUUUCGAUGGCUUUGAUGAGCUACGGGACUAUGAGAGCCUACUCCAAACUCAGGAGAAAGACUGUGUGACUCUACUGCAGAAAGACAGCAAGAUGCAGACCUUCACAGUUAGGCAACUGUACUCCGCCAUUCUUCAGAGGCUCCUUCUCCCAGGAUGCACUCUGCUCCUCUCCAGCCGGCCGAGAGGCGCUGGCAGUCAGCUACUCCGACGGGUAGAUGCCCUUCUGGAGGUGUGUGGCUUCACCUCAGACAGUAUCGAGACUUACCUGACUCAUUAUUUCACCGAUCCUGACUUGAGGGCGUCUGCUUUUGAGUGCUUAAAAAGUAGCAGCUACCUGCACCAUCUGUGCUGGAACCCUGCGCUCUGCCGGUUAGCGUGCAUGGUUUUAGAGCAGGGCAGAAGCUCCGAGGACCUGCCAAGAACUUUGACUGAACUAUGUCAUCAAGUUGUCUGUCUGAAAAUGGAAAAACAUGCAAGGGGCUCAACUGUAUGUGGUAGCGCUCAGACACAGACUUCUGCAGACUCUACGCAAGAUAGUCCAACAGAACUUUCAAAGAAUUCUCAAGAAAGGAUGUUGAGGAGAAAGUCCCCAAUUAAAACCAGAGGAAGGGUGAACAAAUCCAAGAAAGCUAAAGAGUUGGGAAAACAGGAAGACGAUAAGAAUAGACAUAAUCUGUCUAAGAAUGGAGAUGAAAGUGAUAGUAAGGACUUGCUGCUUCAGCUGUGUGCUUUGGCGUGGGAAGGGGUUAAAGCCAACUCCUCCUCAAUCCCCAGGGAUCGAACCAUUCCAACGAAAGUCAAGGUUUUCGGCAUGGGCAUGGGCAUUCUCCAUCCUCAGAACCUAAGGAGGAGGCUCUCAAAUGAAGACAAUAGAAAUUUGGAGAAGAAAAGAGUGGAAGGACAGAGCGAGAAAAAAGGAAAAGAUAUCAACAGUGCUGAUUGUAAGGAUCUCAUUCUGGUCUGGACCUGCGCUUUUCUGCAGAGUUAUUUGGCGGCUGUCCAUUUGUCUUUUUCAAGGAAUGUCUUAGACCGCUCCUUUCUCCAGGCCCUCCCUUUCCAAACGGGUGCGAAAUGCCGGCGGCGGCCCAAAAAAGAGGAGCUGGAGCUCACUCAGAGAAUUGUGGUUGGGCUGCUGUACCACAAAAAGGAAAAGCUCCAGCACCUCCAUUCACAAACAGAGACUGUCUUCAGAAAUACGCUGACCAGCAGACAGGGUUUGGCCGCAAAACACCUGGCAGGUCUUUCCUACUCCAACCUGGUUCCUGCUCAGGUCCUGGAGCUCUGCAACUAUGUUUAUGAAGCAAGCGUUUCUCAAGAAAGCAGUAAGAAAGGUGCCGGAGGCACAAAGCUGGCCACUCAGCUGGCUGAAAACCUUCCAGAAUCACUCAGGUUUAACGGGGUUCCUUUCAGUCCACCUGAUGUGUUUGCCAUGAAAGACGCUCUGCGGAGAGGAGGGGCCGAAGGCAGAAACUUCUGCUUGGAUUUGGAAAACACUGGGAUACAGAUCAGUGGACUCAGAGCUCUGAUGAGCCUCAACAACAUCAACUCAUUCAGGGCGUGCAUCGCUGAUGUCAUCAGCCUCUGGGAGCAGCUGGAACAAAGUGGCGAGGAGGAGCUCCUGCAGGGAGCAGUGUCAAAGUUCCACAUCCACCCUCUGAAGGCCACACAGGUGUGUCACAUAGCGCACCUGGAGAAACUGGUGAACAUCCACAUGAACAAGAGGCUUUCGGAAAGCUCUCAGUUGUCCCACUCCAUCCUGGCAGACGGGGUCCCGGCCGUCAAAGACUUACACAAGCUGGAGUUUGAGCUUGGUUCAGAGGAGGGUCCUCUGGCUCUUCCUAAGCUAUGGGACCUUCUGCCAGGGCUGCACAACCUGCAACACUUGGACCUUGAAGAAAGUAAAAUUGAGGACGAAGGAGCAGAUAAACUGGCUAUGGUAUUAGACUCCCUCACCUCUCUGGAAGUAUUAAAUUUGUCACAGAACUGCAUAGGAGACCACGGGGUGAAAAAACUGGCUCUUGCACUGAAGGAUCUACCCAAACUGCACUGUUUAAGUCUCUACAGUAAUGAGAUUUCCGACGAAGGGGCAGAGAGUUUGGCGGCCGUCCUCCCACAGAUGCCGUCCCUCACACAACUGGAUGUGGGCUACAACAAGCUACAGGGUGUCGGAGCGCAGAGCCUCGCGCUCAGUCUGAGAGACUGUAAAAAAGUUAAAACCCUGAGGAUGUGGAACCAGUGUAUCCCAUAUGGAGUCUUUGAAAGACUUCAACGCCAGGACAGUCGCAUCCUUUAGCUAUAGGAACCUUUUAUUUUUUAAGCUGUGCCAGAAAAAAAUUAAAGAAUCUCUCAAGAAAUGAGAUCCAGAAGAAUUUCAGGACUGGCUGCACUACAAUCAUCAACAAUUGCUGCUUUCUUUACCAGGUCACCAAAUGAAUUGUUUUUUUUUUUUUUAAGAGAUGAACACAUCUUUGGUCUUGUCUGAGUGUAUUAUGACUUUAUUCCAACUCAAAAAGCAAAACUUUUCACUACAAUGUUUGUGCUUUUUUCAGUGUUUCUGCUGUUACAUUUUUAAAUGAUUGCCAACUUGUGUAAAUUUUGUAAAAAAGUUGUUUGACUUUUAAAAAACUAUUUGUUGCACUUUAAAAAUUGCAAUGUUUGUUCACUUUACAGUUUGGGUUUUAUUUAAAACCAUCUUUCACUUCCUUAAAUGAAGGAUUUCUAUUCUUCAUUUUUGAUCAAAUUGACCUUUGAUAGCAGUUGUCUGUCGCUGUUUGCUCCAUAACUUUUAGAGUUGCUGCCAACACUUUACAGACUGACAUUGCAGUGGAUCAAAUGUUACCAGGUUACAUUUUUUUUUUUUUUUUUUUUUUUUUACGGCUGCAAGAAAUACCUCUUGUAGAAGAAAAUCUGACUUAAAAAUGAAUGAAUAAAUAAAAUUUGUGUUGCUUUUUCUUUAAACUGUUUUAAUUUCUCUUUCCCUUUGCUUCUUCUUUACUUUUAAAAAGUUUAAUGAAGUUCAAGGCGACUGUGCCAUUGUUCUGCUGUGCGCUAGCUCCCUCUUGUGGACAAACAACAUAACACCAACACAGAAGUUGUCUUUCACUUACAACUUUAUUAAAUACAGAUCAGAAAAUAGAAAUUUCUCACAUUAGGUCAUUGGAGAAUGUGCAUACAUCUGCCAUAAGGCAGAGCAGGAUGGUGAACAGAAACGCCGCAUAAAGCUGUAUGCUGAUGAUGGUCAAAAGAUCAAAGUAAACACUCUUAUCACCUCGUUUCCAUUCAUUUUACAAAACAAAAGAUGGACAGGAAUAUUUUUAAGAAUAAUAAUACUGUUUAUUAACAUUGUUUUCUUGUACUGCCCUUAAAAACAAUCAGUUUUUUCAAAAAUAUCAGUAUCUGUAGAGUUUUUUUUAUAUCUUGAGAUUGAGAAACUUUUAAUUUGAAAAAUAAAAACCCUAAAUUGUGGAAUCUGGCUCCCAU